AUGCCUAAAGUUACAACGGCCAGACAGAAAGCACAAAAGCAAAGCAAAGAAGACGCUUCAUCGGCUACCAACCGUGCCUUUGGUCCUAUCUUCAACAAAGACCUCGGUCAGCACAUUUUGAAGAAUCCACUGGUCGCUCAGGGUAUUGUAGACAAGGCAAACUUGCGCACAACUGAUACUGUGCUCGAAAUCGGUCCUGGUACUGGUAACUUGACAGUUAGAAUCUUAGCAGCUGCCAAAAAGGUCGUUGCUGUAGAAAUGGAUCCUCGAUUAGCUGCCGAACUUCAAAAGCGUGUUCAGGGAACCCCUGAUCAAAGACGCUUGGAAAUCAUGAUUGGCGAUUUCAUGAAGGCUGAACUCCCUUACUUUGAUGUCUGUAUCUCCAACACACCCUAUCAGAUUUCAUCUGUUCUUGUGUUCAAACUGCUCGAGCAUCGACCCAUGUUCCGGUCUGCUGUUCUCAUGUUCCAACGUGAAUUCGCUCUUCGACUCAUUGCCAGACCCGGAGACGAACUUUACUGCCGUCUUUCCGUCAACGUCCAAUUGUACGCCAAAGUCGAGCAUGUUAUGAAGGUCGGCAAGAACAAUUUCAGACCCCCUCCUCAAGUCGAAUCCAGCGUUGUUCGUCUCGAGCCUAGAAAUCCACCACCGCCUGUUGAUUUUAAGGAAUGGGACGGUUUGAUGCGUAUUUUGUUUGUGCGAAAGAACAAGACCUUGUCAUCAAGUUUCAAGACGCAAUCCGUAUUGGAUAUGCUUGAAAAGAAUUACAAGACUUUCUGCUCUACGCAUGAUAUGAUGAUUGACGAUACAUUCGAUAUUAAGGAAAAGAUCAAUGCUGUUUUAGAGAGCGUUGAUAUGGGUGGUACGCGAGCGGCCAAAUGUGACUUGGAUGACUUUUUAAAACUCCUUGUUGCCUUCAAUGAAGCCAGUAUUCAUUUCUGCUAA